CACUCGCCUCCGCCGUUUGACUCGCGCAGUCAAACAAAACAAAGCUAGCAUUUGUAUCGAUUUUUACACGAAAAACGCGCUCCAGACGGUCGCUUGCAGCAUAAAAUCAUAAACAAUGGCUCUGUACGACGAUCUGGACACGAAGCAUGGGCCCGACAAGGUGGCCGGGUGGUCGUCCGGAUUGAAACUGUUCCAGCCGCAGCUGCAAGUGAAGAAAGUUAAUCAACCCGCCAUAACACCGAAAGCAAUUCUGCGAAAACCAGGCAGUAAGAUUCUUACACCCGUUGUGCUGAAGGCGAAAAAAGAACCAACCGAACAGACGCUCCCGUUCUUGGCAGCUUCCGGCCCCGGGCCGAGCACAUCACUCACUGAUCCCUCUUCCGGCAUCGUGGUUAAAAGCGCCAAAGGGCCCAUCACGGUCACGACCACCAAUGCAACGCCCAACCCGAUCAGUGCGGCCAUUACCGACGACUACAACUGGGACGUGGUGGACGAGUACGAUCCGAUGUGGCCGAACGAGUACGACAAACUGGUGAAGGACCGGAAAGCGAAGGAGCCCCCGAUAAAGCCGCUGCAGGGCGGGUUCGGGCGGAACCGGCGGGAGUACAAACGUUCGUUCGGUGGUAUGCGCAACAGUAACAACAACAACAAUAGCAACAACAACAACAGCAACAGUAGCGGCGGUGGUGGCGGCGGCAACAGUAACGCCGGCCCCAGUCACGGCGGCAGUCAGCCGGACGAUGACGGUCCGGUGGCCAAGAAGUUCAGCGGGUUUGCGGGACGCCCCUCGUCGGACGAUGAGGAAGAGUUCCGGCCCGGACAGAGUCGCCCGUCGGGUGCGGCCAUUGCACCGCCACCGUCGUUGCAGGAAUCGUGUGCCGGUGGCAUCCCAUCGGAAGGUGGUUCUAAAGUUUCGCAGCUCGCGGCAUACGGUGGUAGUUCGGUGGCGGCCAAAAUUAUGGCCAAAUACGGUUUCAAAGAUGGUCAGGGGCUGGGUAAGCAGGAGCAGGGUAUGGCGGUCGCCCUGCAGGUGGAGAAAACAUCCAAACGGGGUGGUCGAAUCGUGCACGAGAAAGAUAUAUCGGCCACCACCAGCACGGUCAGUGGCAGUGGCGGCGGCAGUGGUUCCGGUACUGAGAUAGUCACCACCCCUCCGAGCGCAAGUCAGGGCGCCGCAUCCGAGCCGUCAAUAACCGAGAUUAUGAAAUCACCGAGCAAGGUGGUGCUGCUGCGGAACAUGGUCGGACCGGGCGACGUGGACGAUGAGCUGGAACCGGAGGUGAAGGACGAGUGCAACACCAAGUACGGCGACGUGGUGACGGUGGUAAUACACGAGGUGCCGGACGUGGUGCCCGAGGAAGCGGUUCGCAUUUUCGUCGAGUUUAAGCGCAUGGAAAGCGCCAUCAAGGCGGUGGUCGACCUGAACGGGCGCUUCUUUGGCGGGCGGCAGGUGCGGGCCGGCUUUUACAAUCAGGAAAAGUUUGAAAACAUGGACCUGGGAGGUUGAACGUGCGGGGGGGAUGCGGUGGUACUAAGUCUAAAUAAGCUAGCAUAAAUAUAACAUCCUUUCGAGCAUUAA